AUGCAACCUCGACAAAAGUCGCAUUCCAAUGAAGUGGGAGGGAGGCCAUCGAAGGGAAAACGUAAAUUCGCCGGGAGGGCCAGGUUGCCGGGUGUAAAGAAAAGGUGCCAGAGGGAAGAGAGCACAGAGCCAUCUCAGGAGACGGAUAAUGGGACGAGCAAGGAGUCAGAACUGGAGAAAGUUGUUUCGUCAGUGGCGGAAGAGAUGCUGCCAGAAAUCAACAAAAGGAUAGAGACGAUUAUUUCUCAACGCCUUGACACACCGCCGUCUGAAAGUAGCAAAGUUUCAUAUAUGCCUAGUACAGCAAUUACACAUGUAUCAAAUUUAUCUGAUUCAGAUCAAAUCGUUUGUUUCGACACAAGUUUUCCUUCGUAUCCAUCACCUCCGAGCAUAGCUAGUGUGCAUGUAGGACUAGUGUAUAUGCAUGUGUCUCAAUCAGUUAAACAAAAAAUCAUGAAAGGGGAGUUUGUGGAACUACAUACACUUUUAAAUAAAGAAACAGAUAUUGAAACGCAGGAAAGUAAAUUUUUAUUCAUGAAUGGCCAGCUUACAUUAAAACCUGCAAAUACGGUCAAAAUCGCAACAAUUGAUACUUGGCUAGAUGCAUUUUUUAUCUAUAUGAGUAUAUAUUUGUCAGCACAUAUUGAACAAACUCACAGCCUUAUUAAGUACAUGGCAAAUAUUAAACUCGGUGUCAGCCGAGUUUCUGGAGGAUUAGGUUGGAGAGAGUAUGACCGUCAAUUUCGACUAAAAAGAGCCAAAGACAACAGUAUUUCCUGGGACAAAAUUUACCCAGAGCUAUGGCUUCUUUUUAUAACCCUUAAUACUCAGUCAGUAUAUAAGAAUUCUCAGGGCAGCUCAAAAUGUUGCCAUGACUACAACAACAGUUCUUGCCGGCUACAAAAUUGUUAAUAUCAACACCAAUGUUUAAAGUGUCGAAACAAACAUCCUGCCAUUCAUUGUCCUGAUAAACAAGCUAUACAGAUGUCUUCAACCUCAAGGAAUUUUCAAGCUCCCUCAUCAGGUUUUCGUCAAUCAGGCAGCAAAUAUUCAGCAGGUUCCUUUCGUAAAAACAGGUUUAACUCCAAUUAACUUGAACAGCAUGUGUCCUUACCUAGCAAUUUUUCCUAACCAAAAUAUAGCUAAUGAAUUACAGAACGGUUUUACAUUAGGUUUUUAUCUACAUUAUGAUGGUCCAAGAGUUUCAACAACCUGUACUAAUUUAGUC